UGUGUUCUCCCGCCAUUGAGCUUCGUUCAGCACAUUGCCUUGAUUGAGAUGAAGAAAAAUCAGCGCUGUUGAAUCAUGUCAAGUUUACAUGUGGACAAAGACACCUUUUUCAGACGAGUAAAACGGUUCUAUCAAGCCUGGAAUAAAUCCUCCAGUGAUGCCCUAAGUCAGAUUGAUGCCCUGGUUACGGCUGUUGGGGUUGACGAGGAAGUGGUAUAUUCCAAGUCAACGGCUCUACAGACAUGGCUAUUUGGGUAUGAAUUGACAGACACCAUUAUGGUGUUCUGUGAAAAAAGCAUCUCUAUCCUUGCUAGUAAAAAGAAGAUUGACUUCCUGAAACAGCUGGAGGCAUCCAAAGAAAAUGACCAGCCACAGAUCAAACUGUUGACCAGAGACAAGGGAGACAAGGACAAAGGGAAUUUUCAGAAGCUGAUAAGUGAAAUCAAAUCAAGCAAAAAGGGAAAAUCUGUGGGGGAGUUCAGUAAAGACAAGUUUCCUGGGGAGUUUAUGGAGAGCUGGAGGUCCGCACUAGGUGGCGCCUCAUUCCAAAAGGUGGAUGUUAGCUCAGUUAUGGCUUAUAUCAUGGCUGUUAAAGAAGAACCGGAGAUCAAAACUAUGCAGAAGGCAUCAGCAGUCACGUGUGAGGUCUUCUCCAAAUAUCUGCGAGAGCAGAUCAUGGAAAUCAUUGAUGCUGAAAAGAAAGUGAAGCAUUCUAAGCUGGCUGAUGGAGUGGAGCAGGCUCUACAGAACAAGAAGAUAGUCAGUGGGGUGGAUGUGGGACAGCUCGAUAUGUGUUACCCAGCCAUCAUACAGAGUGGAGGCAAAUACAGUCUGAAAUUCUCCACUGUCAGUGAUGACUCUAACCUGGACUUUGGGACCAUCAUUUGUGCCCUGGGGGUGAGGUACAAGUCUUAUUGUGCUAACAUAGUACGAACACUGAUGGUGGACCCCUCAGACAAACAGCAGAAGGACUACGACUUCCUCCUGAAAGUUGAGGAGGAGAUUCUGAACAAACUACAGGAUGGAACCAAGCUAAGUGAAGUUUAUGAGGGUGUCGUGUCGUUUGUGAAGAAGCAGCGUUCGGAUCUGGAGAGUAAGAUGACCAAGUCUCUGGGAUUCGCCAUGGGGAUUGAGUUUAGGGAGGGCUCACUACUGAUUUCAGCCAAGACCAGCGCCAAAGUUAAGAAAGGAAUGACUUUCAAUAUCAAUGUUGGAUUUGGUGAUCUGGAGCAUGAAGGCAAGAAGUAUGCUCUCUUUUUGGGUGACACAGUCCUUGUGAAUGAGGGCUCUCCAGCUUCACUGUUAACAACCAAACAGAAGAAGAUCAAGCAUGUGUGCAUCUUCCUUAAAGACCCAGACGAGGUGGAGGAAGAGGAGGAGAAGGAGGAGGCACCUGUCCUAUUGGGGAGGGGACAAAGGAAUGCCCUCGUGGACAGUCGAACCAGGACUGAAAUGACUUCAGAAGAAAAAAGACAGGAACAUCAAAAAGAACUGGCAAGUAAAAUCAAUGAAGAUGCCCGAGAGAGACUGAAAGGACUCAAGGGAGAUAAUGAGGAAAAAAAAGUAAGGAAGUCUGUUGUUUCUUAUUCAUCAACAUCAAAGAUGCCCCAGGAGACUGAGAUACGAAAUCUACAGCUGUAUGUUGAUCGUAAAUAUGAAACAGUAAUUUUGCCCAUAUUUGGAACCCCCACUCCAUUUCACAUUGCAACAAUUAAGAACAUAAGCCAGUCAGUAGAGGGGGAUUACACGUACCUACGUAUCAACUUCUUUCACCCUGGGUCUUCUCUGGGACGGAAUGAAGGCACUAGCUUCCCACAACCUGAUGCCACAUUCCUGAAGGAAAUAACUUACAGAAGUUCCAAUACAAAAGAGCCUGGGGAGUUAUCUGCCCCAUCCUCUAACUUGAACACAGCCUACAGACUGAUCAAAGAGGUCCAGAAAAAGUUCAAGACUCGAGAAGCAGAGGAAAGAGAAAAAGAGGGCAUUGUUAAACAAGACACACUGAUAGUAAAUCCAAACAGAGGAAACCCCAAACUGAAGGACCUCUACAUUCGACCAAACAUUGUGUCAAAGAGAAUAUCAGGAACUCUGGAGGCACACACCAAUGGUUUCCGUUUUACCUCCAUCAGAGGAGACAAGGUUGAUAUUCUGUACAACAACAUCAAAAAUGCCUUCUUCCAACCGUGUGACGGGGAAAUGGUCAUCCUUCUACACUUUCAUCUCAAGCAUGCCAUUCUGUUUGGAAAGAAGAAACAUGUUGAUGUGCAGUUUUAUACUGAAGUGGGAGAGGUCACGACAGAUUUAGGGAAGCACCAGCACAUGCAUGAUAGGGAUGAUCUUCAUGCUGAACAGGCUGAACGAGAGCUGAGACAAAAACUGAAGGCCGCCUUCAAGGGAUUCUGUGAAAAAGUUGAGGCUAUUACAAAAGGAGAAGUAGAGUUUGACUCCCCAUUCCGAGAGCUCGGAUUUUAUGGAGCUCCAUUCAGGAGUACAGUAUUGUUGCAACCAACCAGUGGCUGCCUGGUCAACCUUACAGAAUGGCCUCCGUUUGUUGUGUCACUUGAUGAAGUUGAGCUGAUCCACUUUGAGCGAGUUCAGUUCCAGUUGAAGAACUUUGAUAUGGUGUUCGUGUUUAAAGAUUACAGCAAGAAAACAGCCAUGAUUAACUCAAUACCAAUGAACAUGUUAGACCAUGUUAAAGAUUGGCUAAAUUCUUGUGAAGUCCAUUACACAGAGGGCAUACAGAGCUUGAACUGGGCCAAAAUUAUGAAGACCAUCACUGAUGACCCAGAGGGAUUCUUUGACAAUGGAGGGUGGUCAUUUUUAGAGCCUGAGAGUGCAGAUGAGGCUGAAGAUGAUGAGGAUGAUGAAGAUGAUGAGGCGUACACUCCCUCCGAGGCGGACAGCGAGGAGGGAGACUCCAGUGAUUACAGCGAGGAGAGUGAUUGGUCAGGAGAAGCUGAGGACUCCUCAGAGGAGGAACUUGGCUCCAGUGAAGAGAGCGGUAAAGAUUGGGACGAACUGGAGGAGGAGGCUAGGAGAGCUGAUGCUGAGGCCAACUUUGACGUAAUUGAUGACAGAAAAUCGUCAUCUCACCAUAAACACUCAUCUUCCUCUAAACACCACAAGUCGUCCCACAAGUCUUCUUCUAAGUCGGCACACAAGUCACCACAUAAAUCACCUCAUAAAUCACCACAUAAGUCAUCUCACAGGUCAGACCACAAACGCAAACGAGAGGAAAGUGGAGACCGCCACAAGGACAAAAAGAGGAGAAGAUAAGAGCUUUGUCGUCUCAUGAGAUCUAGCUCGUGAAACAAGAAGACGAGAUCUGGGAUUUGUUAGGCUCACAAGGUCACAAAAGUGGGAUACUCUACAAAAUAGACAAGUUUCCCUGAAGUGCUAAAUAGUGUACUGUGUAUUUAGUUCUUUGUUUUGUGUUAAAAAAAAAACUUAAAUACAUGUAUCUUGUACAUAUUGUAAAAAUUGGAUGCUUUGAAAUAUACGUGUAUGUCUAUGGAAGACCAUGAUAUACAACAUAUUAAGGUAAAGUUACAUUUCAAAAUCUGUGUAAUGUGUUUAAUAAGUGUCUGUAAAUUUUCAUUGUACAAGAGAUGAAGGGAAAAAAAUUGCUUUAACAUACAAAAAUGAAAAGAAUCAUGAGGAACCUUCUGUAAAAAGUUUUUAUUUACAAAUUGAAGUAAAUAAAAUUUUAUUUAAACAUA